AUGGAUCCACUCAAGUACACCUUUCAGAAACCAAUGCCUACAGGUAAGCUGGCAAAGUGGCAAAUUUUGUUGAGCAAGUUUGAUAUCGUGUACGUGACACAAAAGGCCAUCAAAAGACAAGCCCUGGCAGAUUACCUCGCAAAAAACCCGGUGGACCAAGAUUACAUGCCGCUCACAACCUACUUCCCUGAUGAAGAAGGUUUGUUUGUAGGAGAAGACGUAUCAGAGUCGUAUGAUGGAUGUAUGAUGUUCUUUGAUGAAGCAUCGAACUCUAUUGGAGUUGAAAUUGGAGCAGUCUUAAUUUCGGAAACAGGUCAGUAUUACCCAAUCUCAGCCAAGAUUAGGUUCUACUGUACCAAUAACAUGGCGGAAUAUGAAGCUUGUAUUCUCGGACUCAGGAUGGCCAUAGACAUGAGUAUCAAAGAACUCUUGGUGAUAGGAGAUUCCGACUUGUUGGUUCAUCAAGUGCAAGGAGAAUGGGCCACUAAAAAUAUCAAGAUCCUUCCUUAUUUGCAUUACAUAAAAGAUUUAAGUAGGAGAUUUACAAAGAUUGAGUUAAAGCAUGUCCCUCGAGCUCAAAAUGAGUUUACCGAUGCUUUGAACUAUGACAUCAGAAGAUUGAUAGAAGCACAAGAAUAUCCUGAAAAUGCUACAAGCAAACAGAAACGGACUUUGAAGAGGAUAGCUAAUCAUUUCUUCCUUAAUGGAGAAAUCAUAUACAGGAUAACUUCGGAUUUAGGAUUGCUGAGGUGUGUCGACACCGCAGAAGAGACAAGGCUUUUGGAAGUAAUACAUGCAGGAACAUAUGGACCUCACAUGAAUGGGUUCACUUUGGCAAAGAAGAUUUUAAGAGCUGGAUAUUUUUGGAUGACCAUGGAGAGAGAUAGCAUCCAGUAUAUGCAAAUGUGUCAUCAGUGUCAAGUGCAUGGAGAUUUUAUACGGGUUCCACCGAAUGAGCUAAAUGUGAUGGGUUCCCUUUGGCCAUUUGCCACUUGGGGCAUGGAUGUUAGUCGACCCAUAGAGCUUCCCGUAUCUAAUGGACAUCGUUUCAUCCUAGUAGCUAUUGAUUAUUUCAUAAAAUGGGUCAAAGCUUCGACAUACAAGGCAAUGACUAAGAAGGUAGUGGCAGACUUUGUUCGCAACAACAUAGUUUGUCGUUUUGGAAUUCCAUGA